AUGGCCGCAUCCACCUUGCCGUCCUACCUCUUCCAAUCCCAGCCGCACCCGCAUCGGCCAGCGAUCCUGCUGCCACCCUCGGCACUCCUGGCCUCCGAGCUCCCGCUGUCGAUCUGCUACAAGGAACUCAAGGACUAUACCGCCAGUCUUGCCGCCCAGCUCGGCAGCUUCGGGCCACCCCAAACUACCGUCAGUCUCAGCCUCACCAACUCGCUCGAGUUCGUCGCCGCCUUCCUUGCGUUGGCCCAGAACUCUUUCAUCGCCGCACCUCUUAACCCGGGGUAUACUCAAGACGAAGCAGAGUUCUAUCUGUCGUGA